AUGACGACCCGAUUCGAGGAUGUGGCGUCAUUCAGCGAGAGACGAGCGCCGGAGAGAGAGCGGAAAAAGAAAAAGCGACGGCGACGAAACUCAGAGGACGAUGAUGAUGUUGGGGUAAGAUACCAUGCAUAUUUACGAAUAGUAAAACCUAGAUAACCUAGGAAUGUCACUAUUUUUAACCUGCUGUAAAAAUUUUACAACAUUUUUUUAAAACGUGAUUUUUUGUUCGCGUCCCGAUUUUUCGGGUCGACGACAGUUCGGGUCAACACAAAAUCGAUCCGUACGGGUCGCAGGGCAGGCGAAUAGACCAAAAAAGGUUGUAGGAAGUGUCUACGAGGCCUGGCAAAGCCGUUGGAUGGUCGGCGGACGAUUUUUUUGCGUCCCGACUUUUCGGGUCUACGGUAGUUCGGACCGACACAAAAGCGAUCCAUACGACACCUAGGACCGGCGGAGAGCCGAACAAAAAGGCGUAGAUACCCCAAAUGCCCACAUGGCUUAGCAAAGUCGUUGGAUGGUCAGCGGACGCUCGGCGAAGGCUCGGCGGAGACUUGGCGAAGACUUGUAACAUGUCCACUUUCUCUAAUUUUAGCUAUUACUAGCAUUAGUUUUCUUGACCCUGACUAAAUGUAACACAUAAAAGACCAAAAUUUGCGGCAAAAAACGAAGAUCCGUAACUUUUAUCUACAUAUUAUUGAUGUGAGAACAUGUAAAAUACCUCAAAAUAGGUGAUAAGCUAUCCUAGGACCCGACCAAUCUUAUUAUUUCUACAAACUAAGCCUUCUCCUAGCCUCCCCUAUGCAUACAAGCACGAACCAACGCGAUCCAUAGUAUUGUCGACCCGAUCUGUAGCUGAACCAAAAAUUCGUAGGGCUUUUUGUUGACAAAAGCAACGAAAAACAUUUUUUAUUUUCUUUUCGACACUAUCUGGAAAGUUUGAGUCCGUAUUUUGCAGAAAUAACCGAAAAAAAAUCAUGUAAUUUCUGCAAAACGCGAUCUAAAAACAACCAAAAAAGUCUCUAAGAAAUAAAACUCAGCGUUUACGACAACACUAUAGAGAAUUAUUGACUAUUUCAAAUCGAAAACCAACUCAAUAUCGGCCUCAAAACCCCCAUUACACAAUAACACACAACAACUUAAUUUCCAGGUGUUGCCCCGCUGGAAAAUUGUUAUGGUAUUCGCCGCGAUGGGAAUAUGUUUCGCCAUGUUGUUCCCGAACGUGUUUGGGCCGAUCUUUUCGCUGGUUUUCGGCAAGAAGGAGCCGGCACAACCGCCGCCACAGCGUCAGCCGGACCAUCCGGCAAUGGGUGGGGGAGAGCGAGCACGCGCUCCGCGCCCACCAAUGCCCGGUGGGCGGAUGGCCGGAUUCGAGAAUCAACCGCAACAGACGAGCUCUCGAGGUGGCAUGUUCACAUGGCUCAUGCCGUUCUAUACGGUCGGAGUGAUGGCUUUUCUGAUCUACAGCUUGAUGAAGGUGAGUAUGGGAAAAAUAAUAGUCACAGGGCUCGGAAUUCCCCACAAAUUGACUCGACUCCCCUUUGCAACAGAGCUGGGGGAGUUGAAGUUAAUUUUUUGAGGACCAUACACAGGAGAAAUCGAGUUUGCCACAAGAAACCUUCAAAUUACCUUAUUUUAGAUGCGAAGCAAAGGGAAAAAGAAGAAGAAGAGAAAGAGCAGGUAUGACGAUACCGAAGACUCCGAAGAGAGCGACAGUAACGACGAAACUGGACUAGGUAAGUCAUAUAUCUACUAAAUCUAUCUAUACUGUAUUACUAUGUUUUGUGGGGUUAUUUAAGAGCUAGAGAAGAUACAAGUUCCAGAAAUAAUGUAUUAGACGUCUAAAUUUUGAAAAUCAUAUACAAAAAUGUAAAAUACAGUGGCGGACCUGAUCCAGUGGCAAAAAACGUACCAUUUUGCAUCCAGGAAGUAUCGAAAAGUGUAGCAAAAUGCCUCCCUCUCCAAGUGAAAAAACUCCGAUUUUAAAAGCAUCUUUUUAUGAGGGAAAGGGAUCCCUUCAAAAUGGAGUUUUUUCACUUGGAGAGGGAGGCAUUUUGCCACAUUUUUUUUGAUACUUCCCGAAUGCAAAAUGGUACGUUUUUUUGCCACUGGAUCAGGUCCGUCACUGUAUUUUACAUUUUUAUAUGAUUUUCAAAAUCCAGACGUCUAAUACAAUAUUUCUAGGACUUGUAUCCUCUCUAGUUCUUAAACAAUCGCACAAAACAUCGUAUUUUCCCCAAAAAUUUAUCUCGAUUCAUUUUAGGUCAUAAAAACCUCCGUUCCAUCCAAGAGCGCCUCGAGGAGACCGAAAUGGCCAUGGCCAAGAUUCUAGAACAGCUGGAAGAGAUCGCAAAGAUUCAUCCUGACGCCACCAGCACCGACGACCUUCGCGAGAAAUACACGGCCGAUCAGGUGGCCGAGGUUGAGAACAACUUGGCCGAACUGAAUCGACUCUCCGCACUGUGCAAAAAACAGCGACGGCAGCUGAGAGAGCGCGAAAGCGGAAGCAGUGAGAGCGAAGGCAGUGAGGAGGAAGGGUUUGACGACAAUUUGGAAGAGGUUGAACAGGCAAUAAAGGAGGUGCAAGCGUCGGAAGUUGGUCAAAAAUCCAAAAAAUCGACAAAAGCCGAAGAGAAAGCGAAAAAAGCACAAAACCUCGAGCAAAAAUCGUCUGUUCCUCCUCAGAGGUCACAGAAAGCUUCGGAAUCUCUGAGUCCACACACCGCCCGACCUAUCAAGAAGGCGAAUCGACGGAAACGAGCGCACGAAAAGGAUAAUGCCGGCCCGGAAGACGACUACAGUCAAGACGAGGUGCAGAUCCCCCAAGUCUCUCAGAACAGCGAAAGCAGCGACGAUGAUGUCGAAGUUAGCUCGACAUUUGUUGAACCCCCAAGUUCAAGGUCCAGCACAUCCAAGAUCACAUCCACAAACGUCGAGAAGGAGGACAUGAACGAGCCCAUCGACAUUAUACUAGGCUCAGACGUCAUAGAGACGAAAAAAGAGCGUUCUCCGAAAGCAGCGGCUGUUUCGCCGCGGUCACAACGUUCCAAAGGUCACGAAUUCAAGAUCGAUGAUAUUCAUCGGCCCUCCUUCGACGAUUUCGUCGACGAUUUCCGGCCUCAAACCCCGGAGGAAGAGCAGGCCGCCAAAAUCGGGGAAGAGCUGUUCGAGCCGCGAGAAGAGCGCGAACGAAGCUCCGAAAUCCCGCUGGAAGACGGGCUGGGCAUCGAAUAUAAACAACGAGUGUCGCCGGAUCAAUAUUCGGGCAGAUUCGAGUACGACCCACUAGGAGAAGAUCAAGAGGUAAAGGAGUCGUUGCUUGGCGAGAACGACGAGGACCUUAUCGACGAUAUGGAAGAGGAUCAAAUGCCUUGUACUAGUCUGGAAGAGGAGGACACGAAAUUACCUGAGCCACCAAAAGGAGACGAUUUAGAUAUGGACCAACUACUACAAGAUGAGGCCAAAAAAGCGGAAGAAGCACCUCAUAUCAGAGUGUUCGAGAGUUCGCAGGAGAUUUGCAACGAGCUUCUGUCCGACGACUUGCCAAUCACUUCUUUGAAGAGCGGUGCUAACCUUCCCGACCUUGCUCAUGAUGAAGAUGCUCAAAAAUCCGAGAGUCAGUCGACUUCCACUGGGAAAAAAGGCAAGAAUCGACGGAAUAAGAAGAAAACGUCCGAAUCGCCAAAGAAUUCCAAGGAUUCCAGCGAAAAUUCGAGUUCGCGAGCUGCGCCCGAGCUGGUGCAGGCUGCGCCCGCUCAAGUAGCACCAUCUGUCACCGUGCAGCCGGAAUCGACCAUAAAGCCUUCCGAAGCCUCUGGCGAAGCUUCUCAACGCAUUUCAGAGCCGUCUGCAGACCAAAACGACAUCAAUUCCGGCAUCGAAUGUGCGAAUCCCUUGUUCAACGCGGAUUCUGGAGCCGGGGUGCGGCAGCGAAAGUCGGGUGGUGGGAAAAAGUCCAACAUUCGUCGACGAGUCCCCAAAGCCGAAUAA